UCCCUGCUCUGCUCCAUUCUUUCCUUUCCGCCUUCGUUACCGUGCGAAUUGUUUCGGGGAUUAAGUUUUUCAUAUAAUUUUAACAUAAUGGGUUUUGUCAAAGUAGUUAAGAAUAAGCAGUACUUCAAACGGUAUCAAGUUAAGUUCAAGAGGCGUCGCGAAGGAAAGACUGAUUAUUAUGCUCGUAAGCGACUGACUAUUCAGGACAAGAAUAAGUACAAUACACCUAAGUAUAGGUUGAUUGUACGUUUGUCCAACAAGGAUAUUACAUGUCAGGUUGCCUACUCAAGAAUUGAAGGGGAUAGGAUUGUAUGUGCUGCUUACAGCCAUGAACUUCCUAAAUAUGGAGUUAAAGUUGGUCUUACUAACUAUGCAUCUGCUUAUUGCACCGGUUUGCUCCUGGCUAGGAGACUUCUUAAGAAGCUGGGAUUGGACUCUUUAUAUGUAGGUACUACAGAAGUGACUGGCGAUGAGUACAAUGUCGAGGAAUUAGACGAUGGCCCAGGUGCAUUUAGAUGUUAUCUGGACACCGGAUUAAUGCGUACCACGACAGGCGCCCGAGUUUUCGGUGCUAUGAAAGGCGCGGUUGAUGGUGGUCUCAAUAUCCCUCAUAGUACCAAGAGAUUCCCUGGCUAUGAUGGCGAAUCAAAAACGUUCAAUGCAGAUGUGCAUCGACAACACAUAUUCGCUCAACAUGUUGCAAACUAUAUGAGAACUUUAGAAGAGGAGGAUGAUGAAGCUUUCAAGAGGCAGUUUUCACAAUAUAUUAAGAAUGGCAUCUCUGCGAAUGAUAUCGAGAAUAUAUAUAAGAAGGCCCACGAAGCCAUUAGAGCUAACCCUGAACACACAAAAGUCACGAGAGAGAAGCCAGUUAUCAAGAAGAGAUGGAAUCGCGCGAAAUUGUCAUUGUCCGAGAGGAAAAAUCGCGUUGCCCAAAAGAAGGCAUCUUUCCUCAAGACCUUGGAGGAAGCAGAGGUGUAAUCAUUCGUUCAGGAUCGUCUUUUCAAUGUAUACACAAAUUUAUGUGUAUUGAUCGAUCAAGAAUAAAAGAAACUAUACAAAAAAAA